CUCUCUCUCUCUCUCCCUCUAUCUGUCUCUCUCUCUCUCCCUCUCUCUCUCUCUCUCUCUGUGUAUGAUCCCUCCCUCCCUCACUCUCGCUCACUCACAGUCUCCCUCCCUCCCUCUCCCUCUCUCUCUCUCUCUCUCUGGUCUCUCUCAGUUGUCUGUGGGUGUGUGUUCGGGACGGUUUGGCUCUGUGUAACAGGAUUUGAUUUGUUUGCUCGGGUUCACGUGUUUGUGUUGUGAUUCGUGUUUAGUCUCUCAGUGAUUGUGAUGUUUGAAUGAAAUGAUUCAAAGUGAGUGAUGAGUGCGUGUGAAAACUCAAGUGACUUGAGACUGGAGUCCGUCAUUCAGAGGUUGGAGGAGAGCGUUCUGUCUGAAGACAAGCGGCUGACGGUUGGAGGAUCUUCUCCAGAUGAAACAGCGAGUUUACCGGCUCGUGUACGAGAGAUUGUGUCCAGAAACCUGAGUGACACCGGUGCAGCGAUGUCGUCAGUUCUGUCUCUUCAGGAGGAGAACCGUCUCCUGCAGUCAGAACUGAGUCGUGUGGAGGAUCUGCUGGCCCACAGUCGAGCCGAGAGAGAUGAACUGGCCAUCAAAUACAGCGCCAUCAGUGAGAGGUUGGAGCAGGCGUUGCGUUUGGAGGGGGGUGACGGAGGGAUGGACUCACCUGAGUCUCGCAGUCUGGCGCAGCAGAACGUGAAUCUGCGCAGACGCUUGGAUGAGGAGCAGGCAGCGUAUAAACGCAAACUCACAGCGUAUCAGGAGGGACAACAGAGACAAGCUCAACUCGUACAGAAACUACAAGCCAAAGUUCUGCAGUAUAAGAAGAAGUGUGGAGAUCUUGAGCAGACGCUGAUGGAGAAAUCAACUGAACUAGAGAAACACAAACUUACCGGUCGGUGUGAUUUCAGCAGUAACGGUCAUCGCAGGGAAGAAGAUGAACACAGCAGUGAUUUGGAGAGCGCCCUCAUCCGUCUGGAGGAGGAACAGCAGAGGAGCAGCGGUCUGUCCGCAGUCAACGCCAUGCUGCGCGAGCAGCUGGAACAGGCCGGACUGGCCAAUGAGGCGCUCAGUCAGGACAUCCGCAGACUCACUGCCGAUUGGACCAAAGCCAGAGAAGAGCUGGAGCAGAGAGAGUCUGAUUGGAGGAGGGAAGAGGAGUCGUUUCACAGUUACUUCACCAGCGAGCACAGUCGUCUGCUGGCGCUCUGGAGACAGGUGGUGGGCUUCCGCAGACACGUGUGUGAACUCAAGAGCGCCACUGAGAGGGAUCUGUCGGACAUGAGGAAGGAGCUGGUGUGCGUGUCUCAGAGCGCUCAGCUGCAGUGUGUGAGCGCGUGUGCGGCUCUGAGGAGUCGUGAGGACGGCUCGGCUCUGGUUCUGGAGAGAGAGACGGCUCAGAGACUGCAGCUGGAGCAGCAGCUGAGAGAGACGCUCACUGACAUGAUGUCAUUACAGAGCAAGAGUGAUUCAGACAGAGCCGGACUCAACACACGGCUUGCAGACGCGGUGAGGGAGGAAGAGCGUCUCAAAGCUCGUAUAGAGGACCAGGAACAAGAAAUCACAACUCUCAACAAUAAACUACAGGAUCAGAGCAGUCAUGAGGAAUCUGAAGUGAACAUUCUGAAGACACACACAGCAGCGCUGCAGAACACACUCAGAGACGUCACACAGCUGCUGUUUUCUGACUGUGAGCCUCUGGAUGGAAGCAUUGAAGAGGUUGUGCUGCCUCUCCUGCGCUCUUCAUCAUCAUCAUCACACAUCAUCCCUGACACCUGUCUGUCUGCUCUCCGCUCAGCUCUGACCAACAGACAACUCCAGCUCCAGGAGCUGCGAGAGCGUCUGCAGUCUGCGCAGUCAUCAGUCCAGCAGCUGCGCAGGCAGCUGGGAGAGGCGGAGUCUGGCCAACAGAAUGCAGAGCUGCGUCUGCAGGCGCUUCAGGCAGAGAGAGAUGAGGCUCAUAGAGAGAGAGAGACAGCUGUGAGAGAGAGAGACAGACUGAGAAAAGAGAGAGACACGCUGAGCAGUGUGAAGGACGGUGUGGAUAAAGCAGCGCAGGGGGCGCAGACGCAGGUGCAGCUGCUGCAGCUGGAGGGUGAGAAACUGCAGCUGGCCGUGACGUCUGCGCAGAGAGAGAGAGACCACGAGAGAGAAGAGAAAGACGCCAUCACACUGGAGAGAGACCGAGCCCGAGCAGAGACAGACAGAAUUCAGCAGCUGAGGGAGGGGUCAGAGACUCGCUCAUCUUCUCUUCGAGCUGAACUGUCUGCAGUGAGAGAAUCUCUCCAGCAGGUGACGAUAGAGAGACAGCUGAUGGACACUGAGAACACACAACUGACAGAUGCACUCAACAGGAGCGAGUCGAGCCGUGCUGAGAUCUCACUGUUGCUCAGUAAGCUUCAGUCUGAGGAGACGUCACUAAGAGAUUCACUCGCUAAGAUGAGCAACAUCAACGAGAGCAUCGCACAUGACAAGUCUGAUCUCAACAGCCUCAUCAUACAGCUGGAGGAGGAGAAGAACAUGUUGGUGUGUCAGAGAAGAGAAGCAGAACAAGAGAAACUGACCAUCAGAGAUGAACUCGUACGCUCUGAGCAGAACAGACUCGAGCUGGAUUCUGUCCGUCUCACUCUACACCAAUCACUGCAGGAGUCUGAGCUGUCCAGGGUGGGGCUGGAGGCGGAGCUUCAGUCACUGCGGGCAGACAGAGGCAAAUUACAGGACAGAAUUACACAGCUGGUCGGGGAGGUGAGCGCUUUGGAGGCGGAGCUCGGUGCUGUCCGUGGUGAAGGGGACAGGCAGAGCACUGCUCUUGAGGAAGCAGGGCGUGGGCGGGCGGAGCUUGCACGGGAGAGGGCGGGGCUCCUGGUUCAGCUGACGGCAUCGGAGAGAGAGAACGCUGUGUUUACCGAAGAGAUCGCUGCCUUUAGGUCAGAGAGAGAGGCUCUGGAGACGAGUCUGUUUGAGGUACAACAGCAAAUGAAUCAGAUUGAGUCUCGACGAGAAAAUCUGGAGUCAGAGAACCAGCAUCUGCGCCUGCGCACUGACACACUAACCGCUGAGUUGAAGCAGUUGCGUGCUGACAGAGAGACAGUUUUGUCUCAGAGUGAGAGAGAGAAAGACAUGCUGAGAGAUGCAUUCACGGCCGCUCAACAGGAAGCACAGCGAUCUCUGCGCAUGGCUCUCUCUGACCACCAGGAGGAGCUGGAGAGACUGACCAAUCAGAAGGAGGCACUGCGCUGCAGUCUGGAGGCUGAACACCAGGUGGCGCUGCGACAGAUCCGAGAACAGCUGGAAGAGGAGAUAAACAGACUGGAGAAAGAGCGAGAUGAACUUCAGGAAGAGCUUCACUCACUGCAGCGAGACAGAGAUCAGCGUCUACUGCAGGCCGAGACCGACAAACAGCAGGCGCUGUCCAUGAAGGAGGCGGAGAAAGCGGUUCUGUCUGAGAAAGUGUGCUACCUACAGACAGAGCUGAGUACUGCAGCGCUUGAACUGGAGAGAAACAACCGAGACAUGAUUCUCCUCAAAGACCAGCAGCGGGUUGCAGUCACAGCUCUAAACACAGAGCUGCAGGAACUGCACAGUCAGCUGCAGGACACAGUGAGUUCACAUGAGCGUGAGCUGCGCAGACUGCAGGAGAACUGCGCAGACCAGCAGACGCGAGCAAACACAGCACUCAGAGAGUUUGAAGAAUGUCGCACACUGCUCUCCGCCAGCGAGGAGAGUCGAGACACCACAAAGCGAGAACUUUUGGAGAUGGAGAAACGCUUGUGCCAAAUACGGGAUGCAGAGGAGAGGCAUAGACGAGAUGGGGUGGAGCUACGACGGUCCAUCAGUGAUGUCACCCAAGAGAAAGACGCUCUGAGCCAAUCAAACGUUCAGCUGAGAGAAGCUCUGAGAGUGGCCGAGAGCGAGAGAAUCAGUGUGAAGCAUGUGUGUGAGGAGAGAGAGCAGAGAGUGUCACUGCUGGAGGAAAAUCUAGCGUCUGCGCAGAAGGAGGUGUCAGAUCUGCGCAGCUGUCUGCGUGAGGUGGAGAGAUCCAGACUGGAGGCGCGCAGAGAGCUGCAGGAACUGCGCAGGCAGGUGAAGGUUCUGGAUGCUGAGCGAGAGCAGAUGGGAAGACAGGUGGCUGAGCUGCAGACGCGUUUGUCUGUGGAAGAUCAGAGAGAUGAGGAGAGAGCAAAAGAACUGAUCACUCUCAAACAGAAGCUCACCAACACGGAAACGUCCAGAAACGCUCUUCAGAAAGAUGUGUGUUCUCUCCAGAGGCGUCUGAGCGAGAGCGAAUCGUGCUGGCGCAGUCAUGAGCGAGAGUUAAUGUCUCAUCUACAGGAGGCCCGCAGCUGUGAGAAGAAGCUCCAGGACGAGGCGCGUAACCUCGCCACGCGUGCGCAGACGGCCUCCGACGCGUCUGUGCGGAUGCAGCUGCAGCUGAGUGAGGCGCAGGGUCGUCUGGCUGCGACGGAGGCGGAGCUGUCGCGUGCGGAGGCGUCCCGCAGAGAUCUAGAGUUCAGGCUGUGCAGUCUGCAGUCGGCGCUCACGCGUACGCUGGGCAUCGGGACCAGGGGGCGGAGCAGCAGCAGAGGGCGGAGUCCGGUCGGCUCCUCUCCAUCCUCUAUGAUCUCUCUUUCCGGACGUAGGAGCGUGUCUCCACUGCGCUGCUCGCUGUCGCCAGCCAAAGACGUGGCAGGUAAUAUCACUCCUGAAAACACAGUUGUGCUGAGGCCGUUGUCUCCAGAGAGGACUGAUGCCCCGCUGCCCGUCGCCCCGCCUGAGCUUGACCCUGAAACUCUUCGCAGCGGUCUGAGAGACUUCCUGCAGGAGCUGCGAGACGCUCAGAGACAACGAGAUGAGGCACGCGGUCAGCUGGGGUCACUGCAGAGAGAGUUCGAGGAAGUGACAUCAGAGAGAGACUCUGCCCACCAGCGCGUCCUUCAGCUGCACAAUACACUACAAGAGUGUCAAGAGGAUAAGCGUGUGCUGGAUGACAAACUGUCGACAGCUCAAGCUCAGCUGCAUCAGCAGGAAGAGCUGCAGCGGAGAGGAGAGAGAGACAGACGCGCACUAAACGACAAAAUCAAAGAGCUGGAGAGAAUCUUACUGAACACUGAAGCUGAACGCAGGCGUGUGGAGGAGCAGUGCGGUAAACUGAGGGCCGGAGAGGCGCGGCUGGAGGCGGAGCGGCGCCGGCUGCGUGAGGCUUUGGAGGCAGCUGAAGGGCGUGGCACACAGGUGGAGCUGGAGAGGCGGAGCUUAGAGGGAGAGCUGCAGAGACUGAGAUUGAGUCUGGCAGAGAGAGAGACAGAGAUCCAGUCUGCUAAUGAAAGACAUGACAACACCCUCAAACAGGUGGCAGAGGGUGAAGGACAUAACUCGUCUCUUCAGAGAGAGGUGGACAGACUGACGCUCCUACUGUCUAAAGCUCAGGAGGCAGAGACGGUUCAGAAAGAACGAGCCCUCGCUCUCUCUCAGGACCUGCAGGAAGCCACGGCAGCUCACAGCGUCACUCAAGGGCGUCUGGCAGCGCUGCAGAAAACACUGGGUCAGACUGAGAAUGACCGCAGACAGCUGCAGGAGCGUGCAGACGGACUCCGAUCAUCCGUGUCUGAUGGGAAGCGUAACACCACCGCUCUGAUGGAGCAAGUGCAGACACUGCAGUCAGAACUGAGUCAGAGUCAGCUGCGCACAUCUGAACUGGAGACGGAGCUACACAACACACAGGAGGCUCUGCGGCAGAGGUCCGACAGUCUAACCGAAGCUCAGCGCAGUCUACAGGCUGCUCACGCAGAUAAAGUGUCUUUAGAAGAGCGCCUGCGCAGUCUGCAGAGAGCAGUAGCGUUACUGGAGACAGAGAAGAGAGAUGUGGAGAGACAGGCCGUCCGCCUGGAGAAAGACAAAAGCGCGUUGAGAAACACUCUGGAUAAGGUGGAGCGGCAGAAGCUGCAGACGGAGGAGAGCAGCAUGCGUCUGUCUGCAGAGAAAGGACGACUGGAUCGCGCGCUCAACGGCGCGGAACAAGAGCUGCAGGACGCACAGAGACAGAUCGCACUGCUGCAGGCUCAGCUGGCUGAACUGGAGCAGACUCACAGCGCGAGCGAGCAGUCGGCCCGUCUGCGUGAGGAAGCACAGCGCGAGGCCGAGCGUCUGCGCAUCGGUCAGAGAGAGGCGGAGCGAGCGCUGGCGGCACGUGAGAGAGUUCACCGUCAGCGGGUCAAAGGUCUGGAGGAACAAGUGUCAACACUGAAGGAACAAUUACAGCACGAGAUCCGACGCAGAACACCGUUCGUAUCGCCCACAUCUACUGUCGGCUGAUCCCACACUCACCUGUGACGUCACCAUGACACAAAUAUGAGCGGUUAUGAUCAUGACAUUUUUAACCUUACAGAGAAAUCAUUUUGAAGAAUGUUUGAUAUGAAUAAUGUUACUAUAAUCUUACAUUCCCUAAUCAAUGACCAAUAAUGAACAGAAAUAACGUUACUUGAAGAUACAUUUUUACUGUAGUUUUUACUGUUUACAGACGAGAACACCUGACUGAAGGAAAUCUGUGAAAACGUGUUUGUAUGCGUCUCUGACAUACAUUUAUGAACCUGUCACAAUAGUUAAAUUGCUCAUAUUUUACCUCUUGUGCUUGUUUCGUUUUUUAUGAUACAUUUCAUUGACGUAAACUGACCUUUCUGCUCAAUCUUCUGCUCUGAAUACAAAAUAUGAAGGUCUGUGAACAUUCAAAGAGUUCUAUUUCACUGAGUUUUGCGGGGUUUUGUUAAGGGAAGGUGUUUAAUAGGAUUAAAUAAUAAAAGUCUGUCAGAAAUCCUACACUCUUGCGCGCGUGACACCUGCUGCUCAUGAACGGCGUGAAAUUGUUACGUUCAUUUAAACGUCAGUACAAUUCAAGCUAGAUUAAUAUUUUUCUUGUUUUCAAUAUUUAUACAUUUUUUCGAAAAUAACUUGAUUAUGGUGAAAGUUUUACACAAUGGGAAAAUAUGUUGUAGAGUGUUUUUAUAUUACAGGGUCAUUCCACGAAAUCGGUGCCUUUUGUGUCCCUGAUGAAUAAUCAGACAUAGAAUUACUAUAACAACAAAUACAUGUUUUAUUUAAACUGAUACCAACACUAAGGCCCGGUUUCACAGACAAGGCUUAAGGCUAGUCUCGGACUAAAAGGAAUGUGUGACCUGUCUUAACUGAAUAUAACUUACCCAGAAACAUCUUAAAAUAUAUUAGUGCCAUUGUUUUGUCUCAAGAUGCACACCAGUAAUGUAUUCUUCUAAGGCAUUUUCAUAAAAGCGACAUAAAUAUCUUAAUUCAACUAAGGCAUAGUCCUGGCUUAAGCUAAGCCGUGUCUGUGAAACCGGGCCUACAUGUUCUUUCAUCAAUAUUACAUUAAAAUAAAAUAAAAUAAAUAUUAUUUAAAAUAAUUAAAAUUGUAUUUAUGCUGGUAAGUGUAAAGUUUUUGGCCUGUCCCUUGCAAUGAUUUUCGAUUUUCAGCAGUAUUUUUACCUUGCAAAUUAAAGCAAAUAUGUAAAAAAUAUAUAUGUCCGUAUUAUUCUAAGUGUAGCUUCAUUAUUAAACAAUGUUUUGGAAUAGGUAUACAUUAUCAGUUUAAAAUAUAAACCAUUUUAUGUAUGUCGCUGAUUCUAUGUCACCACUGUUACUUUCACCAAAAAAAAC